AAAUGAGAAAUUAGUUCACUAUUGUGUAUAAUAUAAUAGCAUAUUCUUUAUAGAACGUUUAAAUAAAUUCAUUGAAAUAUCGAAUAAUCUAUUUAAAUUUGCAAAUAAAACAUUAAUAAUUAAUAUAUUUAACAUUUAACGAAUACCAAAAAGUAAACGACGGAAGUUUAAUAAUAAAACUGUUAAAAAUACGGGCCAUGACAACUCAUUAAUAAAAAAUAAGUUGGAAGAUGAGGACUCAUGCAGAGUUAAAGAAAAAAUAUAAAUAAAUUUAUAGAAAAUUAGAUCUGGAAAUAAACCAUUGAUAAAGAAUUUAAAAUAAAAUUAUGCGUAAAAUUUUAAAUAUCAAUAAAUAAAAAAUAUAAUAAUAAUUCCCCUCCUUACAAUGUACAAACAAAUGUAUAAAAUACAUCUAUCUAUACAUAUGUAUGUAAAUAGUACAAUCCAUAUUUAGUUGUAUUUGAGCAAAGUUUAAUAAUAAUGAUGAUGAACACUUCACUGAACUUGAGUUUUUUAUAUAUUUUUUUUUUUUGGUCACUACCUUACCUUAACAUCUACAACAAUCGUAUUAUAUUGAGGGGAAUAGAUAAAAUUGUAACGAAAAUAGACAUCCAUUAGAUGCGAAAAACAAAAACAUACAAAAAAAAAAAACAAGAAAAACAAUUUUGUAUAUUGUUGCUGUCGAUGUUGCUAAUUUCAUUCUUAUUUUUCAAUUGUUGAAAGUUUGUAUAAAUAAAUACGUACUCUAGUUAAGUACUUUGCAUGCAGUGAUUUGUUUAUAAUUAUUUUAUAUUUUUUCUUAUUAACAAAUACUUAAAUAACAAGCAGCAACUAAAAAAUAUUAUACUACAAGAAUGUAGAAUUUGAGGUAACAGUGGGUGUCAAAAAAAUCAUAUGGCAAAAAGAACUGUAUAAUUUGAGAGUGAUUUUUCAAAUUAAUAUCGAAAACAAAGUGGAAGUAUGAAUAUCGUUUUCAUAUAUUAAUAAUACAUAAUACUUUGAUUACUGACCUAUUGAUAGAAUAGGUAACUGAAAACCAAUAUCGAACGAAUAAAAGAUACCAUUAAGAAACGACAUGCUAAUAUCGUCAAAAGGGCGCUAAUCAAAGGGAAAAAUACCUGCAAUAUCUGCUAUCAAAUAGAUAGUACGUACCUACUAUAAGAGAUAGCGGAGAAACGUUUAAUAUUUCCUAGAACGAUGAUUACAAUUCUGAAGGAUUAUUAUAUUGUAUGUUUAACUACUAUUUAAAUAUGUUUGGCAGACAUAAGUACGUCUUUUAUAACUUAAAAGCAGCAGCUACCUUUGAGAGAGAUAGUGAAGCGACAACACGUUAUGGAUACUUUAAAGAAUAACAACAAUAAUAAUAACAAUUACGAAGCCGAAACAAUGCAGCGAGGUGAAGAGGAUUUAAUACGUACUGCCUUUGAAUAUUCAUUUCCCACCAAUGACGACGAUGACACCGAAAGUAAUAAAAGUACACCGUAUUUUACACCGAUGGAGUUUUUACAAAGUCCAUUUGAAUUUCCAACACCACGGUUAGCGGACGUAGAAAAAAUACAUGCUAGUAGCUGUACAAUAACGUCAGCAUCUACAACAAAUACAACCACGGAGACACCAAUGACAACUUCUUGUGUUACUCAACCUACGAAUAUCGAAUUAGAAAAUAUGCCACUAGUGAUGCAAGCAAAAGAGUUGGAACUGGAUAAUCAGAGCCCGAGAAUCUUGCAAUCAAGCUCAAAAUCUCUAAUAAAGCAUUUAGAACCAUCGUCACCAAAUGUUCAAAGGAAAUUUCGCCGAUUCUCGCUAUACGAACGUAGAUCUUGCUCUCCCCAGCAUUUGAUUAUAAAAAACGCUUCGUCUGUCGAAUGUACUGUGGAAACAGAUAAAGAAAAUACUAAGCCGAAAUUCAAAAUGGACAAAAAUGAAGAGGCUAAGAGUGGCAAUAAUUCACCAAGUAUGAUUUUAGAUGAAACCGGCUCCCCGAGAAUACUAACGUCAUCGGAAGCUGCCAUGCUAUCUUCGGGACGCUUGACGUACUCGCCUAAAUUACUAACAUCCAUAAAUAAUUUACAUUUGUCUUCUCCUUUGGGUGUUAUUAGUUCGGCUGGUUACAAAAAUGGGAACUACUUCAAGUUUCCCGAAAUCGAUCAUGUAGUACAGGAUGUUCAAGUGCAACAGAUUACAUCGGCAAGUGUCGAUGAUAAUGGCUCAUCCAACAACAAAGACAAUCAAAUGUUAAAACGCCUUGUAACGAAGAAUAUACCAUCCUCGUCGACGGAGACAACAAACACAGAGCCGGAAGCAAAAUUUAUGCACGUCAGAGAAUUAAAUUCAGCGACUGCAACAAGUGCAAUUCAACCUAAAAGCGAAACCAAAAGAAAUCGUAAAAAUAAAAAUAAUUUAACUAUUAAAAUCAUAAAUAAUAACUCGUCAUCAUCAGCAGCGGGCCAAGCUCCACAAGAAUACAAUGCCUCCACUGGGCAGGAUAAAUUGCCCAGCUCUCCCUCGUUGAAUAAACCGAAAACUCCAACAAUUAAAUCUACCAAAGAAAAGGCCUUAUCAUUAGAUUCGGCCCCUAUAGCAAAAGACUGCGUGAAAGCGACUCUGUUAAAGCCAGAGCUAAAUUUAAGCUGCGAUGAAAUCGAUUCGAAUUUGCAAGAUAAUAAACAGAUAUUUCAAUCUCACGAUCGUUUACGACCAAAUGUGCCAAACACCAGGUCGACAUCAUUGUCACAACUAGCGGCACACAACAGCAAUGUUGUCGGCAAAUUGAAUAAGACUACAAUUAGAAGGCGGAUACCAACCUCCACAAGUGUAGAUUGGCAACUACACCAAAGAAAACACACCUCGUUUAAUAUACCGGACAUUACUAAAAAGAUGUGUGAAAAUCGUGAUGACAAAUCGGUAGUGAUAUUAAAGGAGGACGAAGUGUUAACUGAUCCACAAUCGAGUUAUUCGGCUUUACAAACCCCAAGCUCGGGUAAUUGUGCUUCAACACCAUCAUCGGGUCAUAGAACUCCCUUCAAGCACAAUCCCUUAUUGCACAACUCUAAUACCAACUUGAAAACAUUGCCCGAAUUCUUAACACUAGUUGAGUUUUCGACACCAACUGCGGGACAUGUUGAUCAUCCAUUCAAACAAAAAUCUAUGGAUUUACCAAGUUCAACGGCACCCACUGCUCCAGCAAAGCCUGCCAACUCGUCGUCAUCCACCAAUUUGUUGCAGCGCAGGGGUUCUAAUCAUAGUCUUACUUUAAAUCUUCACGGUUCUUGUAGCAACCUUUUGGGAUCCUGUCGAUCUGGUCUCAGUGUUUCCAACUACAGCUUAGGUUCUGUGGCAAAUUCUACAAACAAUUUGAAUUCGAAAUCUAGUUGUAAUCUUAAUAUUACCACUUCACAGAGUUCACAAACUACCAACACAGCAUCCGUCAAUACAACUCAAGGAGCUAAACAGAGCCUCUUUCGACGGAGGGGAUCCAAUCAAAGUUUAACUCUCACCAAUCUCACUGCAACAUCAUGUGGUAAUUUAAAUUCUUUCGCCAGUCAAAAUUCUUUGAAUGUUGAAAGGGCACAAUUAACCACUCAGCCGAGACCCAUAACCAAUGCAUCCUUAGGUGCUACUCCCCGGAGAGGUCUUCUGGAGCGACGUGGUUCCAACCAAAGCUUAACAUUAAACAUGAGCAGUUCUUUUGGUGGCAUUGGAAGUGAAAAAGGUAUAUUAGGUAACAGUAGCAUAAAUUUGGUUGAAGCAAAACCAGAGGACGAUGUAAAACCCAGUCAUCAGUCGUUAGUAUCAACAUGUUCCGUUCAUUCGCACCAAAGACGAUUCUUUAGCAGUGAGAGCUUGAAUCGCAACAACACGCAGUUUGCGGAUCUAAAUCAGGCUCACAAGAGAAAUGCCAAUCAAGUGUGUUUCGGUUCUGUAACCGACCUUAAGCCAAACGAACGUGAUUCCUCUCAUCAAACUGCUGCUGGCAGUGGUAAAACGCAUCCUGAGCAUUUCGAUUUUCAAGAAUCUUCCGUUUGUACAUGCACUGGCGUUCGGAACAUAAUGACAAAACCCUUAUCGCCCCAAACAACCAGUGAGGAGUUUAAGAUAUAUUUAGCCAACAUUCAAAUGUUACAAAACGCCUCGAAUGCUUUAAAUCAAACCGAUUUAAUCAAGUUAAAUUACAUUUUCGACAACAACUAUGUAGCAAAUUCCACGACCUUAACAGAGCAAACUAUACCCAUAUUGAACAUGCCCGCCGCUAAUAAAGAAGCCGAAACCCCACCAGCUGUGGUGUGUAAUUCAGAAGAUUCCGAAAUUAUUGAAAGGUAUUUGCACGUAGUUAAAGAUGUUAUAAAAUCCUUUGAACUUGACGAAGAAGAACAAAAGCGAAUUUUUCGCAAUUUACAUAAGGAAUUUUGGGAUUUGCCUUUAAAUCAUCAAGAAAAGCCAAUGGUUUUCGGUUCCCAAACAAAAAAUCGCUACAAAACAAUCUUGCCCAAUGAAAAUUCACGAGUUAUUUUGGAAAAGGAAUCUAAACUCCUAAUAGACAUGAUACAAAAUUGCCCAGAUAUUGAAGAAGACUUAUUAAACGACAUGUCAAGACAAAUUCUAACAUUUGACGAGGUGCCCUAUAUUAAUGCCAACUACAUAAAAGGUCCUGAUUACACUUCCAAAUGUUACAUAGCCACACAAGGUCCUUUACCCAAUACGAUUUAUGAAUUUUGGCUUAUGAUUUACCAAAACACCAAAAAAUAUAUGCAAAUAUCCAAAGGCCCUGAAAGUCCCAGUUAUCGUCAGGGAAAGACUCUACAACAGUAUUAUCAGAAGAUUGUGAUGCUUACAAAUUUCAUGGAGAGCAACAGACAAAAGUGUUCGGUUUACUUUCCAGUUGAAUUAAACGAGAUAUUUAUAAGUACACACAGAGAUGAAGUUGUACAACCGAGUGACAUGUUAACAGAUUUUCUGAAUAUCAUACUUAAGUCUAGCAUGGACGAAGAUACUAUUGCUAUGCCAAAAGCCAGCGGCAUGGGAGAAUCAUCUCAAAUGAUAACAAUGGAUACACUUAAAGUACAUGUGGAAGAGGAACUUAAAAGCCAACUACCAAAUAGUUCAAGUUUUUUUGUUAUAAAAAAUGUGGGUAUAGUGCGCAAAAAUGGAUUUUCCAUAAGAAAGCUAAUCAUUUUAUAUUGCGCCAACUAUAAUGACAACGCAAGUCACUUGUUAAUUAAUAAAUUUCUCUGUUACCAUUACUGGUAUCCUGAUUGGCCGGAUCAUAGAUCUCCCCGUGACAUCAGUACCCUACUUGACAUGUCGCUACAUGUUAUGAAUUUGGGUAAAUGUGAGGCAGAAUUUGAAGUUUUCAGAGAUGCCUCUACUCCACCCUCCCACAUCAACGCACAGGCAGUGGAGUUAUACCAACAGGAUAUUUUCAAUGCAGUACAACCCCUGCCGGUUAUACACUGUUCGGCAGGCAUUGGUCGAACGGGCUGUUUGACUGCUAUUCUGAAUGGCGUUCGACAAGUGAGACAGUCUCUGGCAUAUUCAUUGACUACAAUGGCGACUAAUGCAGCAAAACAAGCCACUGCUUCUCAAGUCCUCAGUCCGGUUGACUUUUGUCUCCCCAAACAGUUUCUGGAAGAGGAUACAACAUUGGCGAAUCCCUUACCAACUGAUAUUGAUUGCAGUUUUACACGAAAUACCCUUCUUUAUAUUCGCUACAUCUUGAAGACGGAACAGAAGAUAUCUGAACGAAAUUCCGAAGUUGAUACUCCAACACCAUCACAGGGCAUAACACCUUAUGUAGAGACAUCCUGGCGACUACCGUCAUUAGCUGAACUGCCAAAAAUGUCUAAUAUAUUUGUUGACGUAUUAGGCAUCGUAUGCAAUUUACGAUUACAGCGCGGUGGGAUGGUACAAAACUCUGAACAGUACGAGUUAAUUCAUCGGGCAAUAUGCUUAUACCUAAAACGUACAUUUGCUUUAAAAAGAUUUUAAGCAAAAGUACUCAAACUAAGUACUCAAAGUAAAACGACACGAAUAUAAAAACGCACAUUCAAUUAGAAUUGAAACAUAUUUACAUACAUUUUUAAGUUUCAAGAUAUGCAAAAUAAUAACUUCUUUCAGCAGAUCAGUUGCAAAAUUAUUGAAAUAUGUAAUAAUAGAAAUACAUACACAAAUAAAUAAAUAAUUAAUUAUAGAUGUUUCUAGACAAGAAAAAAAUAUUAUAUUAAUAAGAAUUGUGAAUGUGAACAAAAGUGUAAACAUUUUCAAAAGAUUUUAUAGAUUUAAGCGUAAAUGUAGAUUUUAUUAAAUAAAGAAAACUUUUAAAAAUUACAUACAAUGUAAAUGCACUUGUAUGUAAUUUGUAUGUAUGUAUUAUUAUGCGUUAGGUUACACAAUUAUGUACUAUAUUAUUUAUUUUGUUCAGUUUAUUUCUAUUUAUUUUUAUUGGUAACUUAAGUGAUAAUCCAAAAUGAGAAAAUCAAAUUUUUCGUAAUGUAUGUUCUAUGCAAUUACAAUACAUACAAUAAUUUUGCAUUAGAAGCAAAAGUAAAAUUAUUUGCAAGAUUUAAAAGAAAACUAUAGAAUUUUUAUUUCGUGUUUUUAUUAUUUGUACAAUUAGCUUUUAAUGAAAUAAAAAAGAAAAAACCAACUAGUCAAAUAAAUUAAUAAAAAGAAAACUAUACAUACAUAUACGUAGAUUAAAUAAAGAAAAAAUACUAAU